CCGCGGCGGGGGGCAAUGGAGUUCACCGGCGCGACUAUCUCGGCGCCGUUCGGCUGCCGGGCGUUGCGCGGCGGCGGACCGCUGCGGACGCCCGGCUGGGGCGCCGAUGGCAGGAGGCGGCGGGUGAGUUCGGGGCCCGGGGCGGAGCAGUCCAGGAGCUGGAAGGUGACCUGCGUGGCGACGGAGAAGCCCGACGAGAAGGCUGCGGCGGGGGCGGCGGGGCUGGCGGUGGACUUCGCCGACGAGGAGGACUACGUCAAGGGCGGCGGCGGCGAGCUGCUCUACGUGCGAAUGCAGGCCACCAAGGCCAUGGACAGCCAGUCCAAGAUCGCCUCCAAGCUGUUGCCUAUAAGUGCUGAAACUUCAGUACUUGAUUUGAUUAUCAUUGGUUGUGGUCCCGCUGGCCUAUCUCUGGCUGCAGAAUCAGCAAAGAAAGGACUCACUGUCGGUCUCAUUGGCCCUGAUCUUCCAUUCACAAACAAUUACGGUGUAUGGGAGGACGAAUUCAAAGAUCUCGGUCUGGAGAGCUGUAUUGAGCAUGUCUGGAAAGAUACUGUUGUGUACCUAGACCGUAACAAGCCAAUAAUGAUUGGCCGAGCAUAUGGACGGGUGCAGCGAGACUUGCUGCAUGAGGAGUUGCUGAGAAGAUGCCAUGAAGCUGGUGUUACAUACCUCAACUCGAAGGUGGAACAGAUAAUAGAAUCUCCAGAUGGGCAUCGAAUAGUAUAUUGUGAGCCGGACCAGAAGAUACUUUGCAGACUUGCCAUUGUUGCUUCUGGAGCAGCAUCUGGUAAGCUACUAGAGUAUGAGGUUGGAGGACCGCGUGUUUGUGUUCAGACUGCAUACGGUGUAGAAGUUGAGGUUGAACAUUAUCCGUACGAUCCCAGCUUAAUGGUUUUCAUGGACUACAGAGAUUGUUUCAAAGAGAAAUUCUCCAAUCCCGAGGAAGAAAAUCCAACGUUUCUCUAUGCCAUGGCCAUGUCUUCCACACGAAUUUUCUUUGAGGAAACAUGCUUAGCUUCGAAAGAUGCAAUGCCGUUUGAUCUCCUUAAGAAGAGGUUGAUGUAUCGGCUGGAUGCGAUGGGAGUUCGUAUCCUAAAAGUAUAUGAGGAGGAGUGGUCCUAUAUUCCUGUUGGUGGAUCCUUACCUAACACAGACCAGAAAAAUCUUGCAUUUGGUGCUGCAGCUAGUAUGGUCCAUCCUGCAACUGGAUACUCGGUGGUCAGAUCUUUGUCUGAAGCUCCAAGAUAUGCUUCUGUCAUAUCUGAUAUCUUACGAAAUCGUGUCCAUUCUGAACAAUAUUUGCCUGGAAGUUCUCAAGGCCCCAGUCCAUCAAUGCUCGCAUGGAGAACGCUGUGGCCUCCAGAACGGAAGCGUCAACGCUCAUUCUUCCUCUUCGGAUUGGCCUUGAUAAUACAACUGGAUAACGAAGGCAUCCAAACAUUCUUCGAAACAUUUUUCCGGUUGCCCAAAUGGAUGUGGCGAGGAUUCCUUGGCUCGACACUUUCAUCAGUGGAUCUCAUGCUCUUUGCGCUCUACAUGUUUGCAAUUGCGCCUAAUAAGUUGCGAAUGAACCUCGUCAGCCACCUCCUCUCUGACCCGACUGGAUCCGCGAUGAUCAGGACCUACCUGACCUUGUAAAAGCAUUCCGCAUCUGCAAGAAUUCUAGGAAGUGUACAGUUUUGUAGUUGUACAUACCAUAGUUAGAAGAGGAGCUGGACGUCACUUGGCAUGCUACAACAGCAAUAUCGUUUGUUGGCUAUGGCAGUCGAGUAGAUCUCUGUAGUGGAGUAAAGUGUGGAUCAUGUAUAGUUGAACUGGCCAUUUUUAGGUCUUGUCUCCCGUUUC